AUGGCAUCAGAGCAGACCCCCCUCGUCGCACCUGGCACACGUGCAUUUGUCAGGGAAGUGGAGGAUUUUGGGACCGUUCAAAGGACCAACCUGCUGGGCCUAUCCAACACGCCUGUGGUCGUUCUAGACGACGGGAGCGCAAGGGCCUAUGCAGGGCAGCGGAGGGCUCAGGUCGUCAACCCGGAGCUGAAGAAGGACGUCUUGGGCAACUCGUUUGAAGACAUCCCUCUCGACGUCUUCUCAGUUGGAGAGCAGCAGCUGACGGUUUUUGGGGUGCCUGCCGAAAAGCAGAGGGUAAUCUUUGCCAAAUGGAGGGGCCUGCCCGCAGAUCAGAAGCAGGCGUUCAUCGCUCAGUGGGAAGAGGUUGACGAGGACAACCAGGCGGAGCUGAACGCCUUCCUUCAGCAGAUGGUCGUCAGCUACAACCUCACCUACGUGGGCACCGUGAGCGACGCCUUCGAUCUCAAUGACGCGGGGCUAAGCGCCGCAUUCCAGCGCUUCGAGAAGAGGCACAUGAAACGGCCUCUCCUUGGCUGCUUCCGUUCCGCAAGAAGCCGCGGGAGCAGGGCGUUCGAUUUCAAGCGGUACCGGACAAUAGACGCGUACGCGAGCGAUCUCCUUGACAUUGCAGACGCCCUCGGAAUCAAGACCUGCGCCUUCGUGGGCCAUUCCGUCUCCGGGAUGAUCGGCCUUCUGGCAAGCGUGACACGGCCGCACCUCUUUGAAAGGAUCGUGCUUCUUGCAUCCUCACCUAGGUACCUCAAUGAUCCGAAGGAGGGCUACGUCGGUGGCUUUUCAGAGAACGACCUGAGGGGGCUCUUCUCAUCGAUGGAGAGAGGCUACACAGACUGGGCAAAGGGCUUCGCCCCCGUUGCAAUUGGGGAGCCAAACCAGCCGGCAAUCCGCAAGUUCACGGAGGGGCUCCUGCACAUCCGGCCCGAUGUCGCUCUCGCCACUUGCAGCAUGAUCUUCAGGAUCGACUUGCGUCACAUACUGCCGGAAGUGCACCCGCCUUGCAUGAUCCUGCAGAGCCAGAACGACGUUGCCGUUCCACUCGAGGUUGCCCAAUUCAUGGCAAGAGCGAUUCGCAAUUCGGAAUUGGAAGUACUGCCCACAAGCGGCCACCUGCCGCACUUGUCAGCAUCGCUGAUCGUGAAUUCAUUCAUCGUCAAAGCCCUGACUUGCAAUCAGACGUUUGUUCUUGAAAAGGGUCAUCAGGGGAGCAACCGAAACAACAAGAGAGCUCUGUCCAUCUCAGAAGCAGUGCGUUAUUUCCUUCCAAAGGCACCCCUGAUAGCGGAGAUCAUAUUGCGCCAGAAUCGCCAGGGCGAGGAAGAGUCAGACUUUCCACUGCUGUUGAUUCCUGGAUAUCUCAUGGACGAUGACACAAUCGAACAUAUCGUCAACCAGAAACCUCGCCUGCACAACAACAUUCGGUUGAUGCCCUCUGGAGGUCCACUUCGGCGCAUCUCGAACAAUUCAAGGCCUCGCAACAGCGCGCCGUAUCGAGGAGCGGGGGUCAACUAUAACAAAGCCAAAAAUAACUUCAACAGAGUCCGAAGUGAUUACUAG